AUGCAAAGAUUUCUCUCCCGACUCCACCCACUCCGCUUCGCGCUCCCCGCCGUCGUCGCUGCGAAUGAUCUCUCCCUUCUUCUUCCCCGGAAUCGCUCCGUCGCUCUCGCACUCGCUCGACGAAUCCCUCUCCCACUUGGAAUUGAAGCUCGACCCAGAGCGGCUGUGCGGAGCGCGGCCAUCGGAUCGAUGUCGGGGUCGGCCGGCUCCAAUUCUCCGGCCGCGGCGGAGGCCGUCGCGAUGGAGAACGAGGUCAAGUUGCUGAGCUCUGUGGAGGACCAUUACGGAGGCGUCAUUGUGGAGAUGAAGGAGGCUAUGGACUCCGCCACCUUCGUCUCCGUGCUCAGAGCCUCCAUUUCGCACUGGAGAGAGCAGGGCAAGAAGGGUGUGUGGAUCAAAUUACCUAUUGAACUCGUGAAUCUCGUAGAAGCUGCUGUCGCGGAAGGAUUUUGGUAUCACCAUGCGGAGCCAAAGUAUCUAAUGCUUGUGUAUUGGAUUCCACAAAGUGCUCAUACCAUUCCAGCAAAUGCGACGCACAGAGUGGGUGUUGGUGUGGUUGCCAUGAAUGAGAAGGACGAGUUGCUCGUUGUUCAAGAGAAGACUGGAUUAUUUAGAGGGACUGGUGUUUGGAAGUUCCCGACGGGUGUUGUUGAUGAGGGAGAAGACAUAUGUGCAGCUGCAGUAAGAGAAGUUAAAGAAGAGACUGGAAUUGAUGCUGAAUUCGUCGAAGUCUUAGGAUUUAGGCAAAGUCAUCAGUCGUUCUUUCAGAAGUCGGACUUAUUUUUUGUCUGCUUGGUGCGACCUUUAUCCUUUGACAUCCAGAAGCAGGAUGUGGAGGUAGAGGCUGUGCAGUGGAUGCCGUUUGAAGAAUACGCAGCGCAGCCAUUCUGCCAAAAAAACGAGCUUGUCAAGUGCAUUAUAGACAUGUGCUCAGCAAAGAAGAACGGGAAGUAUUCUGGAUUCACUCCAGUAACAACAACAUCAACCUUCUCCGAUCAAAAGAACUUCCUGUACUUGGACAGCCAUUUCCGGAGCGGGCAGUAAGUAGUAGCAUGUGACUAUUAUUAGACCUCAGAAAGAUUUUUUCUUACUCAUAGAUGCAAUUCAACAUCGGAGUGGUCAGCACUUACUAUGACUCGAUUCAUUCUAUCGAAACUGCCGUGUUGUAUGACCAGAGACACUGUUACCGCAUCCUUGCAGGAAUUAAUAUGUAGAGCAUGACAGUGUCCCUUACGGGCAUUAAAGCCCUUGACAAAUGAGAUUCAUAUAUUCGAAGA